CUGAAAUGGGUGAUGUUUCCCGAUUGGGACUAAUUAGCAAACUGCGAGAAUGAGCUAAGGUUAAAUCUGUAGGUGACAUAUUUGACGUUUAAAGUUUAGUGGUACAAGUCCGAUUAUCAGUACUUAACAAUUAGUGAGAUCUGGGAGAUCUAUAUAGUUGCACACAUAGCAUUAGCAUUAGCGGGUACACUGAAAGUUUUUCAGUAGAGUAAGAAUUAUUGUGCCACUAAUAGAUAAAAGGGGGGUAGAGAUAGUGGACGCAUAGAUCUGAGAUUUACGGGGUAGAUACAUCUUAUCAUAUAAGGAUUAUGACAUCGGAUUCGCUUCGGAUCUUAACUAUCUCGGAUGUGCAGGGUAAUUUCCAUGCCAUAACUGAGUUAUAUAAUCGAGAACUCGAAAGGGGGAAACCCAUUGAUAUUAUUAUUCAUAGUGGGAACUUUGGACUCUGGGAUUCGGGAACUAUUGAUGACUAUAAAGAUCUUAAUUAUCUUAAACAAAUCGUAGCAUUUCUGGAUGUAUUAAGUCCUGAUCUCGUGGAGGCCUUGAAUGAUUUGAGUUUAAUAUCGAACUCCACCAAUCAUAAUACCAUACCAUCCAGUAGUACUAAUGGAUCAUCAACAUUUUCAUCAUCAAGUCAUGGUGAUGAUUUCCAACAAUAUCGAGCCAAAUUAUUAGAGUCUAAUAGUUUAAUUAGUCAAUUACCAUUAUAUUUAACUGGAGAAUUCAAAUUUCCAUGUCCAGUAUAUACGAUCUUUGGACCCUUAGAUGAUCCUAAAAUCAUUAAUAAAUUCCAUACUCAGGAGUAUAAGAUCCCCAAUUUGUAUUUAAUCGAUCAUUUGCAUAAUUAUGAAGUUCAAACUCCAUUACCUAAUCAACCUAAUAUAAAAUUAUAUGGUAUUGGAGGAACUUUAAAGAUUCACAGUUUAUUUGAUAAUGGUAAUAUUAAUUAUUCAUCUAUUAGUGGUAAAGUAGGUGAAUUAUGGAUUAGUUUAAUUCAAGUAGCCGAAUUAUACUUGAAUGUUAUGAAAAGUACAUCAAUUGAUCAAUAUAGUAAAGUUAAUGAUAAUACCAUAAAUAUAUUUAUAAGUCAUGCACCUGUGGUUAAGAAUCCAUUAUUAGAACAUUUAGCAAUUAUAACUAAUGCUGAUUUCACCAUCUCACAAGGAUUACAUUUUAGAUAUCCUGUUAUGGGUAAUGGAAUGAGUUUUGUUGAUAGUUUAGGUGGAUCAGCUGGAUAUAUAGAGAAUUAUCGUUCAAAAUUUUCUCGAUUAAGAAUGAUCUUAGGAGAAUUAUGGUUAAUUAUUAGAGAUGAAAUAGCCGAACUUUUACAAGAAGAUAAUGGAGGAUCUAAUGAUAGAAUUAGAAGUCUUAUAGAAUUGGGAUUAAGUUUAUUUGAUAAAAUCCCCAUAUCAAUUAAUGAUUCAAUUGAUAAGAUUGUACCAUUAAGUUUGAAUUCUUCAAUUGAUAUUGAAAAUGAUGAUUCUUAUUCAAGUAAGAAGAUUCUUAAGAAGAUUAAUGAUUAUUAUUUCCAGGCAUAUUAUAAUUUAUGGCAUUUUAAUUUAUGUGAUCAUGUAUCAACUCCAAGAACAGUAAAUUCGGAUAAUGAAUAUAAUUAUAUGAUAUUUAAGUUAGAUUCAUUAGGAGAUUUUAAGUUGGACUAUUGUAGUAGUCAAGGAUUUAACUUUAAUUUCAAGACUCAGAAUGAGCAUGCUGAAAUCAUAGGAAUUAGUGAAGAUUUAAUUGCAGGUGAAGAAUCUUACGAAUUUGAUUAUUCUAAUGACUACAGUAGAAAGAAACUUGAUGAAGAAGAUAUCGAUCAUAAUGGUGGAGGAUCUAAUGAUGAACUUGUUGAUGAUGAAGCAUUUUCUCGAACAAGAAAUCUCUUAAACUCUACCAGUCGAUAUUAUCGAGGGCCAGGUCCAUCAUUGCGGGGAGGUAGAGGUAAUAGUCGCGGAGGAGGGUUUGGUAAUAGUAGAGGCAAUGGUAGUGGAUCUAGGGGAGGUAAUAGAGGAUCAUAUCGAGGAUCGAAAUUCAGAGGUAGAGGUAAACCAUAGUAUAGAACCUCAAUUACAGUACAGUCCA